UUAAAUUUGGAUGAAAGAAAAUGAGUGGUAAAUUGGAUAGGGAAGUGAGAAGUCAACGUCUCUCCCAGAUCUGUGUAAGGUGAAGCAAUGGGGGUUCUUCUGAAGCUCUUCGAUUCAGUUCUAUUUGUGUCCUUAUUUGUACAUGCCAUGGCGCCGCCGCUCAUCGGCGCCCAGUUAUUGCUCCCCGGAGCCCUUUUCCCCGAUGUUCUUGUUGAUUUCAAGGAGCUGUACGUUCGACUGUCGGGAGACUAUCUGAUGGCCGAGGCGCCUCCCUUUUUCGUCGGCCUGCUUUGGCUGGAGCUUCUCCUUCAAUGGCCGCUCACGGUUUUCAACCUCUACGCCAUCUGGGCUGCAAAGUCAUGGCUGCACACCACCUGUUUGAUCUAUGGCGUCUCCCUUUUCACUGCUAUGGUUGCUAUAGCAGCUGAAUUGAUAGGGUCACAGAGGGCAUCUGGACUGCUGUUGAAACUGUAUCUCCCUUUCUUGGGUUUGGGAGUUUUAGCCACGCUACGUGGGCUGCUGCCGCGUUGCAGCAAGGCUACGCCCACCGGCCACGACGUUGGACCAUCAAUUGCCGGCAAAAAGAAGGUUUGAAGCAAAGAUAUGGCAUCUCAUGUCGCCAUUUUGUUCUUUCAAGCUUUAAAACAGAGUUUUUAUAACGAAAAGAUUUCUACAUUCUUACCAGAAUUGUUCCAAGAAAUGCUUCAAGUACCCCUCCUCUCACCAAUAUGAGAUCUCACACACAAUUAAUUUAGAAACUAAUAGAAUAUAAAUAUAUCUAUUUAUCGAAUUUUGCAUUUUUCAGAGGAACGACCGACCAAUUUUAUCACCAACCCAUCAUUAAAACCGACCAACUAAGGUCGGUUGGUUAGUUUUCAUAGGUUGGGGUGGUUUUCGGACUACCAACAACCCUAAUUGGAAGAUAGACGAUAGAGGGCAUAAUGGAUUUGUCACUUCUUUUCUCAAUACAUCUAUCCAUCCAUUUCUAAGACAUCAAAAUAUUAAACCUUCUCAUAAUUCAUGUCACUCCAGCCAAGUUUACUUGAUCUUCUUAGUCAACAAUUGAAUAUAGCAGCCAAUUUGUUGUCAUGCCUAUCAUUUGAA